AUGGACGACCACGAGUCGAAGGGUGUAUCGGUUCUGACCUACCAAAACCUGCUGCUGCUGGGAGCCAUCGCGGCGGCCUCCGCCUUCGUGGUCACCAUCCUCAUCGUCCUCGUCUGCGUCGGCUGCCAAAGAAAAAGCAAGAGCAAGCACCCGCCAGCCGGAGAGAAGGGGACAUCUGUGAAUAUGCAGGGUUCCCUUCGACACCCCAAACUGAACUCCAUGAGCAAAUCUGACACCAGGCUGCACGAGAUCAAUCGCUUCCCCUGCAACGGAAACUCUGUCAGCAAGAGCCGUCCGGCCAGCAUGGACCUCCUGCUCCUCCACAGUCGGCGCUCCCAGACGGACCUGAGGCCGUCCCACGGGCGCCAGCUCCCCCAGAUCCCCACCAGCCCCCAGGGAUCCAGCCAGGGGGUAGGAGGGGAGACAGGAGGCGAUGGGGGAGGAGGGGGAGGAGUUGCAGGUGGAGGUGUAGCGGGAGGAGGAGGGGGAGGAGGAGGAGGGGAGGCGAGAGACCACACCUACACCGAGGUGGGCAUACGGAACACCGCCACCCCGACGCACUGCCUGGAUGACGGCCUGUAUGAGAGCGUGGGGGUCCGUGAGGGUGAGGCGGGCCCCAAGGUUCCCUCCGCCCCCCCGCCGUCGUCCAACAGCACGCCGGCCUCCGUCAGAGCCGCCCAAAGCCCCCCCGCUCAGGCCAACGGAGCCCGCAACGGGAACGGGAAUGGCGGCAGAGGUAACGGCAGAGGGAACGGCGCCAUCAACGGGCCGAUGACAGGGAGAGGUAACGGAGCGACGGGGGUCAACAGUUCACCUCUGUCUUCUGUCAACUCCCUCGCCAUCCAAGAGCCAACUGCUGCUGAGUACGCCUCCAUACGCAAGUUCAGAAAGGUCGACAAGGCCAACAGGAAGGAGAACAACGGGGCCGACAGUCAGUCCGACAGCCAAUCGAGUGUGAGCGACUCGCCCUCCACGGCUCCUCCUCCUCUGCAUCGCAGCCAGGAGUUUCCUCGCAAAGGACUGGAGCCGUUUCAACUGCACUCCUUCCCAAAGGAGGCCGUGUUCAUGGGCAACGGGGAGCAGUACAUCUGGAAGCCUCCGGAGGAAGAUGACAUCAUCACCUUGCACCCGCCUCCUCUACACGCAGACAGCCUGCAGGGUCACCCGUCGCCCCCAACUGCAAAGGAGAUUGCAGACACCUACUCCAUCGUGUGUAAAACCCAGAAGAAGAAACCUCCGAUGGAGAACAACGGCUCAAAGACCCUCCCACGCUCCUUCGGCGGAGGCUCGCGGGGCCGAGGUCGAGGCGUUCAGCAGGGUCAGGCCCGAUCCCAGGAGGAGCCCUGCUACGAGCCGGUAGGAGACAGAUCCUGGACCGCGUGCGCGCCCGCCGAGUCCGACCCGGCGUACGCCACCAUCGACGCCCACCGGAAACGGGAGCAGGCGGGAACCAAUAACGGCACAGCUGGGGGUUCUGCCACCCUGAAGAGGAAGAAGCAGCCUGCUCAGCUCCCGCCGCCGCAGCAGGCAGCACCGGCGCCACCUCAGGGCUCAGGACCCCCCGCUCCACCGGUUAGAGGCCCGCCCGGUGGGGAGAACUUCUAUGAGACCAUCAGCGACGUGAAACAGGGGGCCAACAGCUCCAGCACCACCACCAUCUUCACCUUCAAUGACGGGAUGGAGAUGUACGUCACCGGCCUGUAGCUGGGCGAGAGGCGACAAACGGGCCCAGAACCCACUGGGGUCACGGGACCCUCUGCUGUACAUAGACACAAGGCCCCCCUCUGCAGACAAACAUCAUGAGGAUCCAUUUUGUGAUGACAUCAGGUACCAAACAGGGUCUAAAUCCAGGUUCAAGACUUCCCCUUGAUUGGUCUGUACUUCAGAACCAGCCUAAGCCUCAU